UGGAGAUGAAAUGUCACAACUACGUUUUCAUGUGAUUGCAUUAAAUCAUCUGAUUGUUUCUGUGUCUGUUAGUAAAUGUUUUAUAAGAGAAAAUUAAUAAAUGAUAACAAUUAACAUUAAAUAAUUACUGUGUUAACCACAACCAACAUUUUGGAUCUCUGUUUAGGGGUCAGUGCUCAAAAAUGAGUCUCUCUGGGGAGAGAGAGGAGGGGGGCCCUGCCUCCAAAAUGAGACACUCUGAGGAGAGAGAGGAGGGGGGCCCUGCCUCUAAAAUGAGUCUCUCUGGGGAGAGAGAGGAGGGGGGCCCUGCCUCUAAAAUGAGUCUCUCAGGGGAACAUGACACCAAAGCUAAGAGUCCAAUCAAGCAGGAGAGACCAGCCUCCCCUGUACCCAGCUGUGUGUCUAUGAAGAGUGACAAGUCUUUGCGUCAUCCUAUAGAGUUUAGAGAGGGAGACUUUUCUACUGAACAAAGAAACCAGCAGGAGAGAUCAGAGUCAGAGAUUCUCAGUUGUCAGUCUUCCCAGAGUCAUCAAACAGACCUGGCCUCCAUAUUCAGUUUGCUUGAAGAGAAAAUUAUGACAUUUGUGAGGAACGAGCUGAAGAUGUUCAAGAGGAUUCUUAGUCCAGAACUCCCAGAAGGCUUUGAGAGUCAGAAGCAGGAUAAGGAAGUGGUGGAUGCUGAAGAUGAGAAGCAGGAGAGCAGUGCCAGAGAGGGGGCUCUGAAGAUCACACUGCACGUCCUGAGGAAAAUGAACCAGAAGGAGCUUGCUGACACACUGGAGAAAUGUAAGAUCUGUCUGCCUCAUGUUGAAUGAUGUUUUAUAACAUUUAAAAGCUGUAGCUAAAGUACAGCUAAAGUAGCUGUGUAACUCAAUGAUAUUGUAGCAGCCUUAACACAACACCUAAUGACCUCAUCAAGAAGC